UCUCCUUCCGGCCGUCGUUGACUGUGUGAGAGGUCAGCGAGGGGUCGUGUUGUGCUUCUGUCUCGCUGGUGUUCGGCUAAGCGCUCCUACUAUGCCAUGGCCUCCCUCAGCUUCUACAUGAGGAGGCAGGUGCCGCGGGCCGUGUGCCACUUCGUCCGGGCCGUGAAGCUGCUCCGGCCUCCCGCCGCCGGAGCCCCGCUGCGGCGGCUGCACGGCUCGUCCCGGCUGCGGCAGGGCGAGAAGGGACCGUGGGGGAAGAGCCGGGGGCCGGAGCCGCAGCAGCAGCUCACCGACCUGGACAGGGCGGACGCUCUGAUGCUCAGAAAGUCCCACGAAACAGGGUUCCUCUCCUGGUUCAGGAACGGGCUGCUCGCCACCGGGAUCGGAGUCAUCGCGUUUGUCCAGAGUGAAAUGGGACGAGAAGCAGGAUACGCCUUCUUUAUCCUGGGAGGUGCAUGUGUGUCAUUUGGCGGCGCCUCGUACAUUGGCAGCCUGUUCGCCCUGCGGCGGCUGAUGCUGCUGUCGGUGCCAGCCUUGCUGCUCCAAGGCGCCGCGGUGGGCAGCGUCGCCCUCUUCUGGCUCUGUGCGGUAUCCCUGUACAUCGGCCGCCUGGAGGUGGAAAUAAUCCACGAGGAGGACGAGGCGGAGGACGAGGAAGAGUGCCGGGAAUGCCGGGAGAGGCGCGAGCUCCGGGGCUACCGCGGCCCCCGGGACAAUGAGGACAGUGACGGCAAAGGAUCGAACAAGUAGAUGGCAAGCGGAGGAGGACGCCUGUGAUUCAGAGUUUACCCUUGUUGGUAUGUGUGUGUAUGCCAGCAGCCUACAUGCUCAGAUGCAGGCUAAGUGUGAGUUUAUAUACUGUUCUAUUGUUCAUUAUUAUGGUGAUGUAAAGAUGCUGUACAGGAAAAUACAGACUAUCAGGCCUUUUGUAAAACGCCAGGAACUGCUGGGGAAUAAAUCCGACCUUCAUCAUAUUUCCAUUAAUCAGCAAAGUCAAAGCUGCUUGACAUGUCAUCAGACAGAAAACUGCGUUGUUCUAAAAUAUGACCCAAUACAGUGAGAGCAUCACAUAUCACAGGUUUACUUCAAAGCACUUUGCAUCAUUGGAUUUUGCAGCCAACUGUCUCCCCACCUCGUUCAGGAUCUGUGAUCGACUACUUGAAGUUGUCAUUAAAGAAAUAAAAGAAGCUGGCUGUGAUGUGCUGUAGGAUCUAGAGGAGGACGCACUUGCACGCAUCAGGUGUGUCUCCCUUUUUAUUGUGAUGAACGAGGGCUUGGAAUCAUUCUCACUGAGGUUUAAGUUUCUCUGUGCGUUUGUGUUUUUGUUAUAGACACUCGUUGAAACAAAGAAUAUUUUUACAGCUUUUCCUGUCACUAUACACUGAUUGACCGCUUUAAUAGGUACACGUGCAAUGAAAUGCAACCCUGAUCCUUUUGAUAAUAGUUUUUGUUUAUCUGAUUAAACGAUCAGAAGGUUUAUAGAAUGUUUUGUAGUUGAGGUCAUAGCAUUAUAUUAGCUUUUGUCUUAUGUACAUACAUAACCCUGAUUGCAUAAGAUUGAACAGAUGUACCUAAUAAAGUGGCCAGUGACUGUAUUUAGCUUAGUCUCGUUUAUAUGUACUGUACGUCUUCACAGCAUAAACCAUUUGACCUUUGAGGUCACUGUAACUGCUGCUUUUAAGAGUGUGAAAAGCACUGAUGUGUUAUGGGGUUGGUGUGUGGGAAUGGGGUUCGGCAUUGUUUACUGUUUGCACCACUUGGAAUGCGCCCCGCUCUACAUACGGGAAUAAAGCGAGAAGACGUUUGUGCUGAAA